UUACACAGUUUACGUUAUUCAUGUUUCUUUGUAACGAGUAAAAAAGGGUUGUAUGAUGCCGUAGGGUGCACAUGCUUUAGUGUUGUGUGGUUUAGUCUUUAAUAUUUUACUUAUUCUGAUCUUUUAGUUAGGCAGAUGUUCCAGAUGUUUCACUGGAUGCUUGAAUGAGAAUCUGAAAUUAUUUACAUAAUAACAAUAAUAAUAAUAAAACAUAAUACAGCAUGGUACUCGACAUAAAUAGUAGGUUACAGGCAAAUCCCCACACCUCCACCUUUAAAGUUCAACUCCACCCUGAAACACAAUCAGUAAGUUUAUAUUGAAAUAUUUGUGAUGUGUUCAAUGAUUCUGGUGCUAAAUUGUUAUGUGUUGCUGUAUUUUCUUAUUCAAGUGAGAAGUUAGCAUUUGUGUCCCAUGCUGACGUCACAGGUUGACAUUGCUAGCCGUUACAAUGGCAUUUAACAGGAGAAAAAAACAAACAUGAGGAAUAAUAGUCUUCUAACAGGUUGAGCCUCUUUCCUCAUUCAUCAUUUUCCAGUGACGAUUAACGUCACGUUAAUGAGAAGCCCAGCGUAGAGGUAAGCGAGAUGUUGAUGCAAUCACUAGACUCAAAGUCCCAGCAUGCAAUGCAGCUUUGAGACUCACCUCGGCUGGUUAGCGAUCCACGAGAUGACGAGCUCGGUGGUGUUGACGAUGGUAUAAGCAUGAAAGUUGAAGCUUUGGAAGCUGAGCAGAGUGUACAGACAAGGAGGUGGGAGAGCUGGACAGACUAAAUCACUAAAGCGCCGCUGCAUCGCUCUGUUCAUGUAGAUGUUAAUUAUAAAGCUUACUGUGCAAGGCGUUCAGGGUCGAUCUUUCCUCCAGAGGUGACGGCGGCAAGGAAAAACUCCCUGAGACAAUAUGAGGAAGAAACCUUGAGAGGAAACAGGCAGGCAGCAAUGGACAUUACAGCCAAAUUCUGCCAGAAGGAGAUGGAGGAGUACGGAGCCUGUGUGGCCUCCAAUCCAGCAGCAUGGCAAGAGCAGUGUCACCACCUGAAGGUGAAGGUGGCGCAGUGCACCUCCUCUCAUCCAGUGAUUAGGAAGAUCCGGACAGACUGUGCAGGAGAAUUCAGCGAGUUUGAGCGCUGCCUGAGGGAGAACCAGUCCUCGGCUCAGGCCUGCUCGCCGCACGUGGCACGCUUUCUGACCUGCGCCAACACCGUGGACAUUAAAGGAUUAGUGAAUCCAGAAUCUCAGCCCACAUAAAACCCAACCAGAAACCUUCUUCCAUCACCUUGAGAUUAUGUCAUGGACCUUAUUAACAUAACACAGUUCAGUUUUAACACACUUUGUGUUAACACACACAUUUUACCAUUUUGUAAUAAGGUUUGUGAGCUGUACAGAGAGACAGCAGUAAGCUAUGAGAUAUCAUGAGUCAGGAAUCUGAUGUCAGUUAUUUGUAAGAUUCAUGUUUAUAAAUAUUUUCUAGUGAGAACUUGCAGACCUCAACAUGUUUGACUUUAGGUGUUUCAAUAAAAUCUGAUCUGUUUUGAACAAACAGAGUGAAACAUGGUGGUGGCAGCAUCAUGUUGAGCAUUA